CGGGCGGCAGAGGAAUAUUGGGCUCUCAGCGGCCCGUAGUUUCCCUGGCAACCGGCAGGAAGCGCCGCCGGGCGCGGAGCUGCCUGCGCGGCAGGAAGUAAUGUUCUAAGAAUGUCAUCAGGUGUCCAAAUAAAACCAAAGGUUGCAGUGCAGAAAAGCAAGACAUCUCCUUUGCCAUGUUCUUCAGAACCUACAAUUAAACCACAGCCAAGGCCUAGUGACAAGCUGAAUCCUGAAACUAUUGAUCCGUUUGGUGUUCAUUCUCGACAGCCUUCUACAUUUGCUGCUAUAUAUGCUAAAGGUGGCAUUCCAUGCAGGUUAGUGCAUGGCUCAGUAAAGCACAGACUGCAAUGGGAGUGCCCUCCUGAAACUGUGCCCUUUGAUCCUCUUCUUGUAACACUGGCAGAGGGUCUAAGAGAGACAAAACAUCCUUAUACGUUUGUUUCAAAGGAGGGUUUUAAAGAAUUGCUUAUGGUUGAAGGUGCUAUUGAAAAAGCAAUUCCCUUGUUGCCUCGUCUAGUUCCAGUGUUAAAGGCUGCAUUGGCCCAUUCAGAUGAUGAAGUAUUUGGAAGGGGACUGGAUGCUUUAGUUCAGCUGAGUGCUGUUGUUGGCCCAUCUCUUAAUGAUCAUCUUAAGCAGCUACUCACAAAUCUCUCAAAGAGAUUAAUGGACAAGAAAUUUAGAAAAAAAAUUACCGUUGCUUUACAAAAAUUGGAGCAAUAUGGUGGAAAGGUGUAAAGCACAAGCAGUUUUUGAAGGAGGACCUAGAGCAGAGGAAGCAUCACCAAAUCAAAUGCACUAAUUACCAGGUCUAAAGGGACAUCCUUCUUAUGGAUCUCUCCUCCCUGAUCUAAUGAACAGUGGAUUUACUUCAGCUAAAGACUCACAGGGGCAACACCUUGGGUUGUUGCAUUAUAAUUUCUGUCACAGAGGCUGUUGACCCAUUUUACAGCUCAGUGGCAACAGUGUAUGUUUCUGGGAACAUGAAGCCUUUGGAUUUGAUAGUAUCAGUCUCCAUGGACAUCCAUUGGUGAAAUACAUGUAAAAGCUCUUUUCAAGCCUUGUCUCUUCAGGUAAACCACAAACCUCCUGGCUUCUAUUUAGCCACCUGUCGAUAAGUUAUGAUAAUGCUCCCCACAGACACAGCAAAGACUGGUGAGGUUUUGAGCCUCCCACUGGAAGAUACUCUAACAAACAAAAGCCUCUUUACACACCGGACUUCCUAUGGCAGUUUCAGAGGAAAACAAGCAGAAAUAAAGGAACUGGCUUAAUGCCAGUGUUUGUGGCUUCACACAGUAAAUAACAAUCAACAUUCUGGCUGCUUCCACGAUACAGCGGGAGAGGUGCCAGCAACGCUUUUAAUUAGCACCAUUCUUUCUCUAGCAAUGCCCACUAACUAGUGUAAUUUUUAGCUUUCCAUUAUUAGCACUGGCAAUAAAACAACAGUAAUCAACAUGACUAAAGAUCUGAGCUUAAAAGCUCACUGCAAAGCUUAACACACCAAACAGGAGGGCAUUGUUCAGUGAAGCAGAUCCUGUAUCACUUGAUUUAUUUAUUUUCAGUACUACUGGUAGUGCAGUGCAUUUUUUGGAAAUCAGAAACCAUGUAAUUAUUGAUGAAGUCUGAGGGAUGAUAUGAGACUCCAAUCUGGAGAAUUAUACUAUUUAAAGAUGAAAAACACUAAAAAUUAAAAAAAAAGUUGACCCCUGUGCAUAAGCUUCUAGCCUGUUCAUGGAAUGCUUAGGGUUGAGAUAGUUAAUAGAAAAGGGAGACGUUCCAACCCUAGGUUCCUAAUUAGGUCUUCACUGGAAAAUGGAGCAGAAAAAUUCCUAGACUGCCCUGAGAUUUGCCAAAAGCUGCUGCUUCUAGGAACUCUGAAUACAGAAGACAAUGACCAAAUGGCAAAAGUCAUGUCAUUUGCAGAGCAAAAUCUGAAACCUCCAGUUUGAGAUCCUCUGCUGAACAACUGAGAAGUCUGAAGAAGCCUGGCAUGCUCCCAAAGUGAAUAGAGGAAAUACUUUGAUUGGUAUGCGUAUCUUUCAUGGCUUGUUAAUCAUAGAAUCAACAAGGUUGGUAAAGGAAAAAAUUAUUCUGAAGAAACCAGAAAAGGAUCAGACUUUUCCAGCACAGGGCAACAGGAACAAGUACUUGCUUAUCUACUGGUACAAUACCAUAAUAACUACACUCCAUUUUGGUAUUGCCUCAUGGGAAUAUCUUCCUCUAGGACUGGACUAGAAAAUGUUAGAGCUAAUUACCACUAAACUACAGUUGUCUGACAGACUUUGUGUUUACAUCACGAACAGCUAAUUUGGUGAAGGACAAAUCAGGCAAACAAACCUGUAAUUGCUAUGUUUCUAUCUAGAGCUCUGGAAUCACUGAGAAGCCAUUCUUAUAGGGCAAAUCACAUGAAAGGGAUAAGAAAAUUCCUCAUGACAUAAAGGUAUGUUCCAUUAAAAUAAAUGAAAAUUUGAAACUGACUUUACAAGAGACAAACCUUGUAGACUGGAAGAAUAACAUUAUAAAAUCAGGACCUAAAUGUUAUCAGUAUUUAGAACUGGUGAAUCUAUAGGGGUAGUUAAAAACUGAUAAACUUUCUGUUACUCUCUGGUGUCAAAUUGAACCUAAUUUUGCAUCUGCUUUCAUAUUAAAGCUCUCCUUUGUUUUAUGCUGUAUUAUUCUUCUUUUUCACCUUGCUCUGGAGGGAGGUAACAGACAUUGCCUGCUUUAAAACUUUAAUAGUAACGAAUCAUCCUUUGUUCUGUGAUUUUUACUGGGGACUCAUUAUUCAGGACAUGGAGAACAACUGAC